UGGUUAUGUGUAUAGCAUCUGUAAGCCUACUGUUUGUGUGGAUAUUUAGGAAGUAUUUAAUGGAUUGUGUGUAUUCUCUCCAUCAGGGGUGAAGCUGUAGAAGAAUAACUGAAGAGAGAGAGAUAAGAUGCCUCCUCCCCCGCCACCCCCUGCCCCUCCCCCACCCCCAACCUUCGCUGUGGCAAAUACACAGAAGCCAUCACUCAGCAAGAAUGAAGCACAAGGAAGAAACGCCUUACUGUCUGAUAUCGGAAAAGGUGCUCGCCUGAAGAAGGCCGUGACCAAUGACAGGAGUCAACCCAUCAUUGACAAACCCAAAGGUGGAGGAGGAGGUGGAGGAACCCCCAUGGUACCUCCAGGAGGCCGUUCCUCAGGCCCCAGACCGUUUGGUGGUGGGGGCCCCUCCGCUGGCCCUCCACGGUUCUCAGGGGCCCCAGCCUUUCCCCGGAGCAGCGCCCCCGACCUCCCCAGGGGACGGGCAGGCCCCCCGCGACCAGAGACCCCUGGUGGACCCCCUCCCCCAAUCCCCAACACCCCACGGCCCAACCAGAACUUCCAGAGUCGAGGGACCCCGCCUGUUCCAGGAGGAGCCCGGAUACCCAGCUCAGCCCCGGCACCUCCACCACCCAACCUUGCAGGCAGACACCAAGGCUUGCCCCCUCCCCCUGGCCCUAUAGGGGCCCCGUCUGGGCCAAAACCCUCCUUUGGGGCCCCUCCGGUUCCCAGUAGUGGACGUCCCCCUCUACCCCCAGCCCCCCACCCUGGCAGACCCUCAGAGGACCCCUGGUCCCCACCCCCACCCCCACCCCUGGGGGGCCACCGGUCCUCCAUAUCCAGAGAUGGACCACCGCCACCAUCUUUCAACUCCAAGCCCCCCAGCUUGUCUUCCUCUCGGCCCUCCAUCGGCGGUGGUGGAGCUCCCCCUCUCCCUCCUGGCAGACCGGGCCCUCCACUGCUGCCCCCAACGCCUGCGGGAGGAGACGAACACACCCCCAGACUACCACAGAGGAACAUUUCACUCAACUCGCCGGCGCCGCCACCUGGCCGGUCAGGACCACUGCCACCCCCUCCCAGUGAGAGGCCGCCCCCUCUGGGUAAAAACCCCCCAGGACGGACGGGCCCGCUCCCUCCCCCUCCCUCCUCAGGUCCACGUGGAGGCAGUAUAAGGUCAUCUCCAGUCCCCUCACCUCCUAACCGGCCGGGAGCAGAGCCGCCCCGUGGGGGACAACGGCCCCCGCUCCCACCAGACCGACCGGGAAUAGGAGGCCCUCCUCCCCCACCUCCUCCCAUGGGCAACGGCUUCCAGAACUCCCAUCACCAACACAUUGAUGAGUGGGAGGCCAGGUUCCAGUUCCACCCUGUCUCAGACCUCCCUGUCCCAGAGCCUUACGUGUCCUGUCAGAAGACAUACCCCAGCAAGUUGUCCAAGACUGACGGCAGAGGUUCCGAUAAAAAGUCCAGGGGUGCCCCCCACUACCCCCUAUCCCCAGGUGAAGCGGUCGUUUUGGGAUGUUUCCCCUUCCUC